AUGAUCAAAACUGAUUCGGAUGGACGUAAGAUCAAGGAAGCUGAUUGUGUUAAGGCCAUUGGUCCCGAAGACCCUACCGAGGAAGAUAUGAACAAAUUCUUCUCAAGCUUAGAGUACAAGCUUGCGAGCUCCAAAACCGUUGUUUCUCAAGAAGAAGCGAAGGAAGCACUGGCUAAAUUAGACGAAGCCAUGAAUUCCCCUGUCGAUUUUUACAAUUCAGGGAAGUUUUCUCCACUUAAGCAGCAAAUAGAUCCUCUACCACCCUUACAAUUGAGCAAAAAAAAGUUGUUGGCCAUGGAGGAAAGCUUGAAAGAAGUAGCUGAUCGGGCAACGAAAGUAGUGGAGGACAAGAACCACCUUAGUGAGAAUGAAUCUAUCAAGCUAACGAUUACUCAUAACUUGAAUAAUAAUCUGGUCAGAUAUAAAGAGAUGGAAUUAGAGGUGAAACAGGUAGAGCAAAAACUUGUUGCCUAUCAGGAGCAAGUUGAAGAAAUACAAAAGGAAAGAGAGAAUAUAUUGCUGAACUUUCUUUACAAGAAACAUCUUCAAUUAGAGUUUUUGGAUCAUGGGAUUUUGAGUUUGUUCAAGAAUUGGCUCGAACCUCUUCGAGCUUCAAUUUUGAAUAUAUUAACACAUGUGAUGCCUGUGGAUAUAAGGGCAGAAGAUCGAAGGGAGCAGUUGAGGAAGAUUGGACUGGGUAAAGUCAUCAUGCUUCUGUCAAAAUCGGUUGAGGAAAUCACUGCCAAUAGACAACUUGAAAAAGAUUUGGUUGAAAACUGGAGUCGAACCAUAUUCAACAAGACUUCAAAGUAUUCGGAACAUGAAAAAGUUGUGAUUCCUUUGAAGAAGCCAUCACCAUCACCAUUGAAGAAGAAAUCAACAAUGGGAGUGAAGAAGGCUGAUUUAGAUUUGGAAUUAGCGCCCCACAAGAAAUCAAGUUCAUCGGGGAGCGGCGGCGGUGUUGCAGUGCCGAAAGCGCUAGUAAAUGAGGUGAAUCCAUGA